AUGGUAAACAAGAGCAUUCAUACCGCCAUUGAAGCAGCUAGUGCAACAACUAUGGCAGAAGUCCGCACGAGUAUCGACGAUCUUGAUCGUCAGAUUGUCGUUCUUCUCGGUAUGGUCUUCUCCCUCUCGUGAUAUUUCAGGCUUUGGAAGGCGCUUACCAUUUCCAGGUGAGCGCAUGCGUUUCAUUGAGGCUGCCGCCCGUAUCAAGCCCACUCGUGGUGCUGUCCGGGACCAAUGGAGAGUCGAUGACGUCUUGACCAAAGUUGGGGAGUCUGCAGAUUUAGUAAGAGAACCACGAAUCCUUUGAGUGGGGCUGUUUGCUGACUACACUAGGUCAAUUUUCCCAAAAAACUUGCCCACAACUUAUAUGCCGAGCUUAUCGAAGCCUCAAUUCUCCAUGAACUUGUUAAUUUCGACCAUCGCGCUGGAAAUAAUCUGAAUGGCAGGGAAGACGAUCUCCCGGAAGAUAAUAAACCUACAAAGGUGAAGGCAGUCGAGAAAGAGCCUGCAGAUGUUCAUGCUGCCGAGGUUGAGACCACUUGGGUUUAUUAG